GCGUUCUCACCCAGUCGACGCCAGGCAGCCCAACAGGUUGUGCACAUCUGCCCGCAUCUUCGGAAUUCGUUUUUGCGCCGUAGCUUCGCAUCCCGACCCAUCCUUUCAUUUUUUUCCCCGAAGGAAAAAAUAAUAAGAAAGGAGGAGCGCUAGGUUUCCGGCGAGUGCGGUUGACAUAUUUGUUCGAUUCGGCGAGGCGCUGAAAGAUUCAUCAGUGCUAUGCGCGUUAGGGCCUAGGGUGCCGUCGCGUUUUUGUUUGCCGUGGGUGACAUGAAAAAAAUCAACAUUGGUCCUUCCGCCGCGGUCUCGGGCGGUUCCCUCUCUCACACCAUGCCUCUCGUUCGUGUAUUCGUCGUCGUGUGCGUUACGGUUCUCCUAGCCGAUACGAUUUCGGCCUCGCCUUUCGACAAUAUCAAAGUAGACAAUUUUAAAAUCAAACUGAGCGAUGGUGCCCUCAGAGCGCGCCUGGAUAAUCCUAGCUACCUCACUAUGAACAACCAAGAUCUGACAGGAGAGACGCAAUUGCCAAUAGAGCUUGGAGUGCAGCUGCCAAGCCGAGGCAUCGAUCUGAACAAUGCCAAGAACCUUGGUGCAAAUAAAUUAGGAUUUGGAGAGCACACAACUCUGGAGCUCAAGAACACGGAAGGAGAGGAGAGAUGCGUGGAAGUUGAAUGGAGCUCUACAGAAAACCAACCUCUUGAAGAUUGUUUCGUGAUGAAACCUCACAGCUGGUAUGGGGGUGCCGAGCAAACUGAUCAAUACUGGCCGAUUGAGCAAGCUGUCUUCAAGGAUUAUUCAUAUGUUACCAAAGAAAUGCACAGUAUGGCAAUUGCUGAACCCUAUUGGCUGAAUUCCGAUGGUUUCAUGAUCUACGUUGAUAAGGUAGUUCCGUUGUUCAUAGAUCAAAAUCAUCACAGGAAGGACUCAUUCUGUCUCAUUGCCAAACAUGCUCCGCCGUAUUUAAGGAAAGGAGGACCAACUUUAAAAUACACCAUGUGUAAAUUUGAAAAUCCUCGCAAGGCGCAUGAAUAUGCAAUCCACAAGUUCCUUGGAAAACCGACGGAUAUUCCCGAUACGACAAUAAUCGAACAUCCUAUCUGGUCCACUUGGGCCAAGUAUAAGAUUAACAUAAAUGAAGCGGUAGUCAUGGAAUAUGCCAAGGAAAUUAGAGACAAUGGUUUCAACAACAGCCAACUUGAGAUUGAUGACUUGUGGGAAACAUGCUAUGGUAGUUUACAAUUCAAUAAAACUACUUUCCCAAACAUGAAGAGAUUGGUCGAUCAAUUAAGAGGAAUGGGUUUCAGAACGACAAUUUGGGUUCACCCUUUCAUAAACCUUGACUGCGAAGUGCACAAAGAGGCACAAGAGAAAGGAUAUUUUGUGAAGAAUAUAGAUGGGAAUACGACAACCAACUGGUGGAAUGGUGUGGGAAGCUAUAUCGAUGCUACAAAUCCAGCUGCCGCCGAAUGGUACCGAAAGCGAUUGCAAAACGUUUUAGACACAAGUGGAAUUGACUCCUUCAAAUUUGAUGCUGGAGAGAGCAGUUGGGUGCCGCAGAUCCCUGUUCUAAAUGGUCCAGAAUUGGAGCAACCUGAAAUAAUCGUUCAGAAAUAUGUUGAGCUAGCUGCGAAGUUUGGCUCCAUGGUUGAGGUUCGUGCGGCGAAACGCACUCAGCAUUUACCUAUUUUCGUUCGUAUGAUCGACAGGGAGUCUCUGUGGGGAUACAAACACCUUGGCUUGCACAGUGUCAUCACUGCAACAUUUCAGAUGAACUUAAAUGGAUACCCAUUCGUCUUGCCAGAUAUGGUCGGAGGGAAUGCGUACAAUGGUGAUAAAGUCACAAAAGAAAUGUUCAUUCGCUACUUGCAGACGAAUGUAUUUCUACCAGCCAUCCAAUUCUCAAUCCCUCCCUGGGAUUAUGAUAAGGAGACUGUCCAGCUGAGUAAAAAAUACACUAGCCUUCAUUACGAGUAUGCUGGUACAAUCGUCGCCUUAAUGAAGAAAGCUGUGCAAACUGGUCAACCGAUCAACACCCCAAUUUGGUGGGUGGAUCCUACCAACAAAGAAGCUCACGGAAUCAAUUCUGAAUAUAUGCUUGGUGAGGAUAUCCUCGUUGCCCCAAUUGUGGAACAGGGAGCAGUUAGCAGAGACAUUUACUUGCCAAAAGGUCAAUGGCGAGAUGAAGCCAAAGCUGAUCGACCUGUCCACACUGGGCCUGUUUGGUUGCGGAAUUACCCUGCUCCUUUGGAUACCCUACCCUACUUCACUCGGGUCUCAUCUGGCGCUGGGCAAAUUUCUGUUGCUAUUCUAUUACUUGUUGGUAUUUCUUCCCUUCUGACAAUUUUCCGGUAGUGUCAACCUCUCUUUCUUGACAUCGAAUAUUUCCAUGUUUCAAUGUAACUUUUCAUGACCGUGUCGGAGUUGGACUGGACUCUUAAGAUAAACUGAUGAGAUCAAGUUGUCCUAUCAACUUCUGUGGUGUCGUAAAUUGUUGUUCUUAAUGUUAAUUUGUAUUGUGUCUUGCAGAAGACAAAGUUGAAGUUCACAGCUUUUCAUAAAGCAAAUGAGUUCCUUAAUUUUGAUAAGUUUUAAAUAGUAUUAAGUGCAAAUUGCCGUUUCUAUUUUUUUAUGAAUUUGAUCUAUUUUUUUACAUUAGCUCAGGAGUAUAGGGUAUCCUGAAUUGUUGUUAAGUAGAUCGCCCCGGGAAAUCAUGACUUUCCAGAGGACACAUUUCAUGUAUCCCGUUCAAAAAAUAUCCAGCCAACUUUUUACUGCAUGUAUAAGUAAUCCAUCUUAAUUCUCUAUUCUAUUAUUUCUGCAUGAUCUGGCAAAGGAUCGUGUCCAUGCAAAUCAGUAAAUGAAUCUUUGGUGUUGAGACCUUGUUUAGCUCUCAAAACCAAAACCAAAUGUUUCUAAUUAAAGGUUGAAAUUACUCCAGCAAGAAUUUUGAUAAGUAAAUUAAUGAAAAAAUAUAAAUAAUUGGAUAUUUUGAGGAUGGAUGUUACCGUUUUAAAAAUAUUAAUCAUAUGUAUUGCAUUUAUCAAGUUUAAGACUGCAUGAAAUUUAAGUCCUUUUCAUACAGUAAAAUUUGAGGAGUAAAAGGAAGAUCUCAGUGCUUAUAGUGUAUGUAAGUAUACUUGACCUCAACAUCCAAGAAUCGUUUUAAGUUACAAAUGAACUAUUUACUUUUUAUUAAUUGAAGCAGGAAAAAAAAUGAAAGGCUCUUCUCAAUCCCCAAGGAAAUUAAUGUGUCCCAAUUUCGCACCAUAUUCUUGAUCAUAGCCAGUAAGAUUUUAAAUAACUGUUAGUAAAAAUUAAGUGAAUAAUGGUCCACCUAUGUAGUACAACUGAUGCUGUGGAGUAAACAACUCCUUGUUGUAUCAACCCUAUUUAUGUGAUGUAUACUUAAAAAACACGGUUUUAGUAUCAUUUAAAGCGGUUCUCCAGUUCUCAGCAGAUUUUUCUCAAGUGCCUGCUAAUACAUGUUUUAAGUUUCACAGUUUUCUGUUAGUUUUGUAGAAAAUUUUAGCCUUAUCUGUUUGUAAAAAUGUCAGCUUAUCCUUUGAAAUUUUGAAAUAAGGUUCUUGGAGUGUGAUAGAAUAAAAGUCAUUUUUAAUGUUUUUUGUACAAAAAAUAAUGAUUCUCA